GGCGGAACCAUUUUCAGGGCGCGCACGGGUGCCGUAGCUUAAAGUGUCCCUGGUAACUUCCGGUUCCGGGAAAACCCUCUUAAUCGAAUCAGCUGACGGCGGAGGGAGAACGGGAAGCGUCGCUGGCGGGGAGGCCUUGCCGGCGUGAGGGGAAGUAGGCAGGGGGCUACUUUCGAUGGCGACCCUGAGCAGCAGCAGUAGCAAUGCCUCAAGCACGAACGGAGAGGGACCGGGCGGGCAGGACAGUACCUUCGAGUGCAACAUCUGCUUGGACACCGCCAAGGAUGCCGUCAUUAGCCUUUGCGGCCACCUCUUCUGCUGGCCUUGUUUGCACCAGUGGCUAGAAACCCGUCCAAACCGGCAAGUGUGUCCGGUGUGCAAAGCAGGAAUCAGCAGAGAUAAAGUCAUCCCUCUUUAUGGGAGGGGGAGCACCGGGCAGCAGGACCCCAGAGAGAAAACCCCGCCGAGACCUCAGGGACAGAGGCCCGAACCGGAAAACCGAGGGGGCUUCCAGGGCUUUGGCUUCGGGGAUGGGGGAUUCCAGAUGUCUUUUGGGAUUGGGGCCUUCCCUUUCGGGAUCUUCGCCACCGCCUUCAACGUCAACGAUGGGCGGCCCCCUCCAGCUGCCCCAGGGACCCCGCAGUACAUCGACGAGCAGUUCCUGUCCCGCCUCUUCUUGUUUGUGGCCCUGCUCAUCAUGUUCUGGCUCCUCAUUGCCUGACCUCGCCCACCCCCUGCAUUUCUCCAACAUUUGCAACAGUUCCCCGGAUUUGUGCAAUCAAUUAAUUUGCAAAAAACAAAAGCAAACUGUGACACAAUUCUCCGGGUUUUGCAACGAAGAAAUUAGAAAUCGCAUUUUUGCAAAACAAUGUGAAAUAUUUCUCCAGGUGUUUGCAAUGAAUAAAUCAAAACUAUUUCCCCGGAUUUGUGCAACGAAUAAAUUUGCUUUAAGAUGUGAAAUAAUUCUCUGGAUUUUUGCAACUAAGAAAUGAGAAAUCAUUCUUCACAUUUUUGCAAUGAAAAAAUGAGAACGAUUUCUCCACAUUUUGCAGUGAAAAGAUUCGCAAAACAAUGAAAUAUUUCUCCAAUUUUUGCAGUGCACAACUUUUUGCAGUGGAUCAAUAAAAAAUGUUUUCUGGAUUUUUGCAACAAAUAAAUGCAAAACAUUUUUCCAGGUUUUUGCAUCAAAUAAAUUAGAAAUGUUUCUUUGGAUUUUUGCAACAAAAAAAAUGGCAGAAAUGUGAAAUAUUUCCCCAGAUUGUUGCAAUGAAUAAAUUAGAAAUAUUUCCCUGGAUUUUGCAACAAAAAAUGGUAGAAUAAUUAGAAUUGCUUCUCUAGAUUUUUGCAAUGAAAUAGUUCUCUGGAUUUUUGCAACAAAAGAAAUUUGAAAUAUUUUUCCAGAUUUAUGCAAUGAAAAAAAUGGAAAUAUUUAUCCACAUUUUUACAAUGAAUAAAUUUGUAGAAUAAUAAUAAAUCGGUAGAAUAAUAAUAUUUCCCUGCAUUUUUGCAAUGAAAAAAUUGGUGGAAAAAUGUGAAAUAUUUCCCUGGAUUGGUGCAAUGAAUAAAUUAGAAAUGUUUCCCCAGAUUUUGCAAAAAACAUUGCUCUGGAUUUUUGUAAUGGAAUAAUUAUAAACAUUUCCCCAGAUUUUUGCAAUGAAUAAAUUACAAAUAUUUUUUCUGAUUUUUUCCUGGAUCUAUGCAAUAUUUUUUCUGAAUGUUUGCAAUGAAUAAUUUAGAAAUAUUUAUCUACAUUCUGCAACAAAUAUUGGUAGAAUAAUUAGAAAUGCUUCCCUGGAUUUUUGCAAUGAAAUAAUUAUAAAUAUUUCUCCAGAUUUUUCCAACAAAAGGAAUGGGCUAAUAAAUGUGAAAUAUUUCUCUGGAUUUUGCAACGAAUAAAUUAGAAACAUUUCUCUAGGUUUUUGCAACAGAUAAAUUAGAAAUCUUUCUCCACAUUUUUGCAAUGAAUACAUCGAUAGAAUAAUUAUAAAUAUUUCUCCGGAUUUUUACAAUGAAAAAAUCGGUGGAUAUGUGAAUAAAUUCCUUGGAUUUUUCCUAUGAAAAAAAAAAUUCUAUGAAAAAAUAGGUAUAAUGAAAAAUAUUUAUCCAGAUUUGUGUAAUAAAAAAGUUGGGAAAAUUAGAAAUAUUUCCCUGGAUAUUGCAACGAAAAUAAUGGAAAUAUUUCUCUGGAUUUUUACAAUGGAAAAAAUGGUGAAAAAUGUGAAAUAUUUUUUGGAUUUUUUACAACAUAAUGAAACACUGGGACCUAAUGGCAUAAAUGCAAUACAAUAAUGAAUGAUAAUAAAAAGAAAAUAUUAUUAUUUGCA